AUGGCAUCCACGCUGCCCCGCCUCCCCGUCUUCGAAGCCAUCAAGAAGCACGAUGCGCAAAGCACGGCCGUCGUCCACUCUCUUUCCGGGCGGUCCUUCACGUACGGCGAGCUUGUAAACGAUGUCGCUGCUGCCAAGGACAAGCUGCAACGGAACUGCGGCGGACAGAGCGCAGAGGGCCAACGGAUAUCCUUUCUGGUAGAAAACGGAUACGACUAUGUAGUGACCCUCUUGUCCAUCCUCGCCGCACAUGCAAUCGCUGUACCGCUAUCGCCGACCUUCCCGGCACACGAGCUGCGAUACAUCAUCGACCAGAGCGAGUCGCUGAUGCUUCUCUCGUCGGAGAAGUUCCAGAGUCAAGCCGACGAUGUGCUGAAGGAGGGAAUAGAGACGCAGCCCAUCAACUACAAACAGGACAAGAUUAUGAUGGGCAAGACGGACGACUACGUCACGCUGGAGGAGCCCACCAGCGACAAGGGAGGCAUGAUGCUGUAUACAUCGGGCACUACAAACCGACCCAAGGGUGUUUUGUUGCCUCAAGACGUGCUAACGGCACAGUCGCGAUCGCUGCUGGAGGCGUGGAACUACAGUAAAGACGAUGUGUUAUUACACGUUCUGCCUUUACACCACAUCCACGGCACCGUCAACGCAUUGCUUACGCCUCUCUUCGCCGGCAGCACCAUCGAGUUCCAGUUCCCCUUCAAUGCUGCCGCUGUAUGGGACCGACUGGCAGCUCCCUUCCUACCGAGCCCCGAUCCAGCCAAGAAGCCCAUUACCUUCCUUACCGUCGUCCCAACCAUAUACACGCGCCUACUCGCAUCGCAUCCUACCCUCUCGUCCGAACUUCAAGCCGCGACCAAGACCGCGCUUCACCCAUCGAAUAUGCGCCUCAACAUCUCAGGGUCCGCUGCCCUUCCUACACCGGUGAAGUCAUCGUGGACGGAGCUCAGCGGGGGCAACGUGCUGCUCGAGCGAUAUGGCAUGACUGAGGUGGGUAUGGCACUUUCCUGCGGAUUGGAUUUCGCAGACCGCGUAGAUGGCUCGGUAGGCUGGCCGCUUCCAUCAGUACAGGCGCGUUUAGCAGACAUCGAGACCGGGGAAAUCAUAGAAGAGGGCAAAGAAAUUGAUCACGAGACACAACGUGAACGCCAGGGCGAAAUCCAACUGCGCGGUCCUACAAUCUUUAGAGAAUACUGGAAGAACCCCGAAGCCACCUCGAAAGAGUUUACAGAAGACGCGGAUGGACAAGGGAAGUGGUUCAAGACAGGCGAUGUCGCUGUUCGAAGGAAUGUCAAGGGAGCAGGCGAGAGCGACCAAGCAUGGGCCAAGGGACCUCUCUACUUCAUCCACGGGCGCAAAUCAGCCGAUAUCAUAAAGACCGGUGGCGAGAAGGUUUCUGCCCUCGAGAUCGAACGCGAGAUGCUUUCCCUCCCUCAAGUCGACGAAGUUGCCGUUGUCGGUCUACCAUCAGAAGCCUGGGGUCAAAAGGUCGCUGCCGUAGUGGUACUGUCCGAACAGGGGAAGACAGCAGGUAAGGGAGGCAAAGCAUGGUCUGCGCUGGACAUGAGGAGGGCGCUCAAGGAGAUGCUCGCAAACUACAAGAUCCCUCAAGAGAUGAAGGUCGUGGAUACUAUCCCAAGGAACGCAAUGGGUAAGAUCAACAAGAAGCAGCUUGUCAAGCAAAUCUGGGGCGAAGCAUUGGAGGGGACCAAGGAGAAUGGUGCUAUACAGGUACCCAGUGGAAGUGUCUAG